CAGUGCGCCACGUUUCAAAGAUCCGCAAAUCCUAACCUACAGAUACAGUUAUACUGACCUACACGUACAAUAGCUGUAUCCAAUGAUCCUGACCUCAGUAUUGUAACUAUCUGUCUUGUCACAGGUUUUGAACAUGAACCCUCGUUACAUCCUCUACAUCCACCUGGUCAUCAACGACAUCAUCCUCCUGACCAUGUUCACCCUCAUCCAGGUCCUGAGUUACAUCGUCUUCACCCUCAACGUCUCCCUCUGUAUGGUUAUGGUUUAUAUUGGUGUGACAGCAAGUACUAACAAUCCUCUCACCCUGGCUGUGAUGGCAGUGGAGUGUUACAUCGCUGUGUGCUUCCCACUUAGACACUCACGAAUCUGCACGGUCAGGAAAACCUACGUGGCCAUGGGUAUCAUCUGGCUGCUGAGUUCACUUUCAACCCUGCCAGAUAUUUUUGUUGCCGUCGCUACUGAAUCCCUGGAAUUUUUUCAGUCUAGAGUUUUCUGCCUUUCCAACACAAUUUUCCGACACCAGUACUUCAAAGAGAAGAGAAACAUUCUGGACAAUGCAUUUUUGGUUCUGGUCUGGCUCACUCUGUUCUACACCUACAUCAGGAUCCUCAGCGCCGCUCAGGCAGCCUCAACAGAUGCCAAGAAAGCCAGGAACACUGUUCUCCUGCACGGCUUCCAGCUGCUGCUGUGUAUGCUGAGCUAUGUUUAUAACCUGAUCAUGGAAGGUCUGGCUUUACUGUUCCCUAAAGGAAUUCUGGCCAUCCGAUUCAGUGUCUCCAUAUUUAUUCACGUUCUUCCUCGACUCAUCAGUCCAGUCAUCUACGGGCUGCGAGACAAGACUUUCAGGAAGUACCUGAAAACUCUGUUCUGUACAACAAACGCUGAAACUCACCCACAGAAGACCUAGAUGGUGUUCUGCAGCCCACGUAGGCGCUGUCCUGAUUCAGAUUCUGCAGCCCAUGAAGGCAGUGUCCUUUUACAGUGAAGUUGUAAAAAUGCAUCAUAGUGCAGGGAGUGGACCGUUGUAGUCCAAACAGCAACGCUGAUUUAGCCUCUUUAAAAACUCUUGAAGACCUGUGUUUGGUACUGACUGAGAAUUAGGAUACAGUUCCGGUCUUUACCAAUGUAUUUAGGCUGCACCUACACUACGCCCACUUCAAAGUUCUAGUUGAGUGAGUGUUAAAAAAUGGCUUCUCAUAAUAACCUUCUCUGAGUUUGUGACUGGUACAGGAUAUUUCUCCACAUAAG